CAAACCUGAAAGGCCUGAAGCAUCUGGACCUGAGCAGAUGCCCUCUCAUCGACGACUGGUGCCUGAAUCUGCUGCACCCCUUUGGUUCCACCCUGCAGACUUUGUCUUUGGCCGGCUGUCCCCGGAUCACGGAGAAAGGGCUGCCUUGCCUCCACCACUUUGAGAAUUUGGAACGCCUGGAUGUCUCCAGUCUCCCUUCUGUUUCUCACCCGCUGUUAAUUCGGAUUCUCCUGGAAGAAAUGCUGCCCCGGUGUUACAUUGUGGGGAUGGACGAUCAGGAUGACACGGACUCUCCCACCGAGCCGGAAAAAGAACGGAUUUCCCCCACGCUCAGCGGGGUCUCCACUUGAACCGGAAACCAAAACAGUUCUUUAAACCUUCGUGUCCCUGCUCCGCACCCCUUUGAUAAGACACCCACGGACACUGUUGUUUUAAAGCCGACAGUUGUUGACCAAGCUCGUUGUGGAUUUUAUGAGACACAGUCGGCACAACGGAUGUGGCCCCAGGCGGGGGAACCUCUAAAGCAGGGAGUCCCCAAACUUCACCACUUUUAAGACUUGUGGAGGAGAAUUCGGGGAGUUGAACACCACCAGUCUUUUUUUUUUU